AUGCCCUACAAGGACCUCGUCAACAUGACUUCCUCUAUCAUCAUCACUUCUACUCCAAACCAGCUCUCCACUCCUGACGAGGAGGUCGCUGCUGAACCCGACGAACCUUCCGACAAUUGUAACUGCAACUUGUCCGCCGUCGGCAAGUUGCAAUUCCAAGAAAACAUGUACAAGAAACAAACCGUCAAUCCUCGUCGCUCCAAUAAAGUCGACUCUCUUCUCACCCGCGCAAUCAUCAGCGAUUCCGAACCUCACUCUGCUGAUAAUGCUCCCUCAAUCUACUCUCGUGUCGCAUUUAGAGCGCCAAGACGUGGAAUGUCCACUACUUCUACCAUUAGUAGCGCGAGCAUGCCUUCCACUGCCGACCUCACUAGCGACGCCGGUGACGAUUCCUCCAGUUCUGAAUUGAGCUCUCCUAGCCCUAGAAACGCCCCGGUCUUCGUCCUCCCGAUCAGGGAUACCGUCGCCAUCAAGACCCACAGCGACGACGAGCUCCACAAGUCUACCGUUCAAGCUGACCCUAAUGAGGUCACUGCGGCCCUCGGUCGGAAACGUUGUAUCACCUUCGCAUGUCCCACUCCCGUUUCCCGUCAGAACUCCGAAAACCCAAAACCUCAAGCCAUCGAGGAGCCGACUCCCGUCAGACGUACCACCCUCAAAUUCGCUUGCAACGUCAAGGACGAGUGCAAGGCCCCCAAGAGGGCUGGAUCUCCCCCUCCUCCACAGAGCAAAUUCGCCCAUCGCUCUCCAGUUCUCAAUGCUACUCACUUGCAUCCCAACGCUCACCACCACCACCAUCGACGUGACUCUGGUGCCACUAUCAUUGAUGAGCGCCAUAAAGCCAUCCCAUGCAAGGCUUCUCCUCUUAUUAGCAGCGUUUCUUCCGCCAACAGCAUUCCACGCUUCUACGAAUUCGCUAGCUCCGUCGAUGAGUCUGUUCAAUCUUGGAUGAACGCUCCUCAAUUCCCACCUCGUCUUAUCAAGGUCGACUGUCUCUUGGAAAAGGAGAAGCAGAUCCGAAAACUCAGCGAGGAGGUCGAGGAAGAUGAGAACAAUGAAGAUGACGAUGAGGACAACGACAACCUUGACUUCGAAGAUGACGAUGAGGAAGAUGAUGGUUACAAGGAAGACGAAGAGGACGACGACUACGACGAUGACGAUGACCUUUGGAGCGACUCCGACAACAAUGGCAACGACGAUGAAGAUGAAGAAGGCCUCGCCGAGUCUGACAACGAGGAUGAUGCCUUCGUUCCGAGAGUUGGCACUGCCAUUCCUGAUCGCAAAGCUGAUCGUCCCAGCUGCUGCCGUAACUCCUCGGACUCUUCUCUUGCCUCUGUCCACGACCGCAAAUCUGGCCUAUGCUCCUUCCAACGUGAGAAGCACAUUCACGCCCGACCGAUUCGCCCAAGCACCCCUGAGCUUCCAGACAGCACCGACUUUGUUCCCGGAACCUUCGACGAAGACAAGGUCCUCGAGGACUUCUAUCUUUCUUGUAUAGAAGACCGAAAAUCAAUGAACAAGGUUGUCCGUCCUCAAGACAUCGACCCCAGCUUCCCUGAAGGUGGAGAAGAUGACGAUGAGGAAGGGGAAGAUGAAGAAGCCGAACGCCCGGCCCGCCGUCGCCGUGGUUCUAAUGUCAGCGUUCGCUCCCCCACGCCGAACCGUCGUCUCCGAUCUCCUCCUCCGAUGUCUCGCCGUGGGUCCCGUGCUAUGUCACCCGGCAAGAGACGUCCUUCAUUUACCGCUAAGUCACCCCCACCGCAAGGUCGGACGGGCAGACUUCGCUUCGACCUCCAGGCCAACCGAGUUUCCCUUGCUCGCUCCACUUCUCUUCCUCGACACGGACUUUACUCUCGAAGGAAGCAUUGUCUGUCCUCCACCUCUCCCAAGCCGUCCAAAGCCAUUCCCUUCCGCAAGCGAUGCGUUCUUGAUAUUGUCAAGGGCCUCGAGUCGAAGCGAAUGCGUCGUCGUGAAAACGUCUACGGACGCCGGGAGUACAAGGCCGAGGCCGGUGAAGGUGUUGAGAAGAUGAGAGAGAUUGGUAUCAUGGGGAGAGAACGUGUCGGUGCCAACCCAGCACCCAAGUGGAUGUUGUCUUUUUAA